AUGGCGGAGAGGACAGAGGCCAUGUUGGGACAAAAUGGGUCGGUCGCAGACAGUGGCUAUGCUUGCACUCCUCUUCAUGGCGCCAAUCCACCAUCGAAACCAACUUGCAGCAAGAUGCCCUGUGGGCACACCAUGGGUGGUAGAAACCUCAUCGUCUGCAUUGACGGUACCUCAAAUCAGUUUGGAGACAAGAAUACAAACGUCAUUGAGUUGUAUAACCUCAUUUUAAAAGCGGAAGAAGAUCAACAACACACUUGGUACAAUAGCGGCAUCGGGACGUAUGCUCAGCCAUCGUGGAAAUCGCCCAAGUAUUGCAAGAAGGUCCUUCGGCACAAGAUCGAUCUGGCGGUCGCCUGUGAUUUUGAAAAGACUGUCUUAGGGUCGUAUGAGUGGCUAUCAGACCAGUAUCGAUCAGGCGAUUGUAUCUUUCUCUUCGGGUUCUCUCGAGGCGCAUUCCAAGUCCGCGUACUCUCUGCUAUGAUUGAAAAGGUCGGCCUCAUCCACCGAGGAAACAAGAUGCAGAUCCCAUUUGCAUAUGAACUCUACGCGGACAGUGCAGGCGAUAAGAAGACAGCAAACAAGGUUGGAUAUUCCAAGUCUGAUGACGAGGGAUCAAACACAUCCAAAGCUGAACGCUUCAAGAGCACGUUCUCGCGCGGGGACGUCAAGGUUCAUUUUGUGGGUGCUUGGGACACUGUUUCGUCGAUUGGAAUCGUCCGUGGAAGUCCCAUGCUCCCAGGUACCGUCGACGGGAUGGGGCAUGUCUGCUAUUUCCGCCAUGCACUUGCACUUGACGAACGGCGCGUCAAAUUUUUGCCCGAGUUCGCUUAUGGAGGAACGACGCUAGGCGACGAAGAUCCUGACGAUCCUUUAAGAGCUGAAGAUAGACCCAGAGACGUAGUUCCUCGUAUCGAAGACAAAGAGUGCAGCCAAACGCGUGCCAAGCGGGGGAGCAAGCGACCUCACACAAAGGAAGUCUGGUUUGCAGGCACGCACUCUGAUAUUGGAGGUGGAAAUGUCGACAACGCCGUUAUGAAUCGUGGCCGUCCUCCACUGAGGUGGAUGGUUUUUGAGGCGGGUUCUGUGGGGCUUCGCAUGGCUCCUUUCCGGCGCGAUCUGUCAUCAAGCGAGCAGAUUACCUUUAUUGAAUCUCUGACGUGGCCCUGGUGGCCCUUCGAGUUCCUUCCAUUCAAGAGACUCACGUUUAACAGGAGCGAAGGAAGUAGAACAAUUACUUGGAUGCCGCAUCUUGGCGCUGGCCGCAAAAUACAUCCUGGGCAGAAGAUCCAUAGUUCCCUCUUACUGACUGAUAAACAGUCCGAAGUUUACACCCCGAAAGCGCGUCCGCCUGAGCGUAAUGGAUUCUGGGAGAAAUUACGGAAGGGGGAGGAGACCAAAGGGAAGUGGUUGGAGGUGGAUUUACACGAAAUCGUGAAGGACAUUGUCGACAAUUUCGCCGAGCUCGAUGAGGUCUGGGAACGAGUGAUGGCUAUUGCUCCAUCCGCCGAAGGAAAACGAGCAUUGUACUCGGCGCUGGUGGACACCAUGGCCGUUCCAAAUAUUUCCAACAAAACGAAGAUUGAAACUUUGGAUUUUGUACUCCGCAAGUUAUCGCCCGAUCAUUCACUUCUCUUUCCCGUCCCAUCCGAUAGAAUUCUCCCCGUGAUUUCUCGUCUGUCAGAGAGCGAAAAGGAGAACCAUCGAGAGAUAGUGCAAACGUUUACAGCCCGGCUGACAACUCCUUGUCUUCAUGUGUUGGAAAAAGAUAACGAAUUAGUCUUCUCCGUCGCAUACUCACCUGACGGCACGAACAUCGCCUCGGGCUCGUGGGACGGGAGGAUUUGCCUCUGGGAUGCGGUGACAGGGACGAUCCUGCGAGAGCCGUUUGAAGGACAACGAGAUCCUGUCAAGACCGUCGCAUUCUCGCCCGAUGGCAAGCGCAUCGCCUCUGGCUCGGACGACCAGACGAUUCGUAUUUGGGACGCAGAGACCGGGAGCUUGGUGGUGGUGGGGUCGUUCAAGGAACAUACAGGCGGUGUCAAUUCCGUAGCAUUCUCACCUGAUGGGAGCCGUAUCGUCUCGGGUUCAUCUGAUGGGAAAGUCAGGAUUUGGGAAGCAGAGACGGUGAAGCCUGUGGGUAAGGCCUUCCGAGGACACACAGCUCAAGUCUGGUCCGUAGCAUUUUUUCCUGAUGGCAAGCGUGUCGUCUCCGGGUCCUUCGACAAGACUGUUCGGAUAUGGGAUGCGGAGACGGGGAAUGAAGUGGGAAAGCCCCUCCAAGGACACACGGACUUCAUCACCUCUGUCGCAAUCUCGCCUGAUGGCAGCCGAAUCGUCUCAGGCGCGGAAGACAAGACGAUUUGGAUCUGGGAUGCGAUGACAGGAGAAAAGGUGGUGGGGCCGAUCCGUGGACACACAGGUAGGGUCUGGUCCGUGGCGUUUUCUCCUGACGGACAGUACAUCGUCUCUGGCUCGAGAGACAAGACGGUUCGGAUUUGGGAUGCAGAGACGGGGAAGCAGGUGGGAGAGCCAUUGCGAGGCCAUACAGAGUCUGUCUGGUCUGUUGCAUCCUCGCCUGACGGAAAGCGCGUUGCAUCGGGGUCCCGGGAUUGUACAGUUCGGAUAUGGGACGUAGAAACGUGGGUGAAGGUGGCGCGCCUUGACAGUGUUGAGAAGGCUACUGGUCCCCAGGCCUCAGGCCUCAGUUGA